AUGAAUAAAAGUGUGAGUUUUCGUAGAAAACAUGAAAUUGUCUGGGUGACCCCAAACGUUUGAACGGUGGUGUACAUUUUUAAUGGCUCUCAUUUUGGUUUGCAGUUGUAAAUACUUGCCAUUUAACCUUAAAGAUGAGAUGAAAUGAGAGGAGAUAACCCUGUAUUUAUCCCACAGUGGGGAAAUUUGCAGUGUUACAGCAGCAAAGAAGUGUGGUAUGAAGAUAAGCCAAAAUAUACAUAGGUACUAGUUAUAUGAAUAACAGUGUCGCACGUGUCAGUGGUAUUGCACAGAUUCUGUCAUGAACAGGAAUACUGAGAAAAACAACUAACUAAUGGAACAAACUUGAAGCAGCUUGUUUUUAUGUUUUGUAAAAUGGUCUAUAUGCUGAGUCACUGGUGGGCUAUAGAUAUCUGCCACAUUACUCUUCACAUUACAUUCCCUUUACACCUUUUUAAUUGUGCCUAUUAGCACCAUACACUGGAAUAUAACACCUCUGACUGAGCCACUAUUGUCUACUCACGGUCAAAACUAAUGAGUGAAUAUUGAGGCAUCUUCACUGUUGUGCUGCUUCGCCUUCAGUGAGAUGUUCUAAGAGAUGGGCAGCCAGAGAUGAUAUGAAGAAUAACCAUUCCAUCUUUUCAGACUGGCUUCAUUUUAAUGCUACAUUUGAUUUAAAAUGGCAUUAAAGAGAAGUGCCAUGAUGACAAGGUUUUUCACCAGCCAACACUUGUUGCAAAGACUCCAUCUCUCUGGGAGGAGGGAGGACUGAGGGGGGUGGGGACUCCGUCACAUCCUCUGUCCAUAUAUGGGCAUGAAGUUUACACGCAGCGGGGAAUCCUCUCACUGGAGCUGAUGAAUGGGGAGGAGGGCCGAGGGAGCUGCCAAAGUGUAUAUAAGGAGAGAGAGGGGAAGUCGCUGAUGUGAAAUCCACAGCGAGCAAAUACCUACCGAGGAGCAGAGACGAGAAGGAAUACCUUUAAUUUGCUUUUCUUUUUUUACUCCUUUCGAAAAACAGACACUUUGGAUCAUUUGUUGAAAACCAUCAAAAGGAGGGUUGAAAGAAAAAAAAACAGUCAUCUGCACAGUUUGUUUUCCCCCCUUUUACCUUUUUCCCUGGAGAGAGACGGACUUCUACGUGCAUCAUUAUGUUGAACAAUAUGGAUUUGAAUGCGAAAGAUUCUUUUUACCCUCAAUUUGAGAAUUGCAACAGUUCUUCACUGGGGAUGGAAAACAGCGCGCGGAAAGACAACCAGGAGGUGUUCGUCGAUGCAGAGCGGGGGGUACCUGCCCAGUUUGGCCACGAAGGAACCCCCGCAACCCUCAAAACCGAAGCCUCCAACUCGGAAUUUGCUUUUAACCCCUGCGAGUGCCCAAAAGACGCCUACACCCCCUCCUCGCUCGCCUACUCCGGCAGUUUCUAUGUUGAGGCAUCUCAGGGAGCGCCGUGCAGCACCGAAACACUUCUCAAUAUGAUCACCGAGAUCGUGGGUAUCUCCACACUGCCGCUUUCAGAAGUGCAACAGAGCGGCAACAGCCGGGGAACUUAUCCGUCGCCUGCGCCGUUGGACAGCAGCAAUGGCAAUUUUGGAGACCCCGGCGUUAAGCGGCAACCGUACACCUGCUCCGGACCUACUCCCCCGGUCUACUCUCCGGAUCAGACGUGCCCGAGGUACACCGAUGACCAGGCCGGCAGUCAGGCCCAAGACCCGUCCACUUCCCAGCUCAGCUUCGGCUCCUCCCGAGCUCCAAGCCAGAAGAAGGCCGAGCCGAAGUCAGAGGCUGCUUCGUUCCCCGUCGUGGUCAAGAACGAGUUCGAGAGCAGCUGCUACGAGUGGGGAACGUUUACCAAAUCUGACUGUUUGGAGACGAGUUUCCAGUCGGAGACCUUCCCGAUGUCGAGUGAUUUCCCACCUGACCAGCAAAUGGAUGUAAAGGAACUUUUAGACACGUUUCCUCCAAUCUGUCCCAACCCAGAGAUGGAGUUUAAGGUGGAGGGGGGGAUCAAACAGGAACCGUGCUUCUCUGACACCUGCUCUCAGAGCUACCCCAACCCCCUGUACAACAAUUACCUCCCCCCACCGCCGAUGGGCCUCUCCUCCAACCUGAGGCCCUUCCCGGAGCCUCCACAGCCAUCUAAUAACCAAUGUGACUCCUUAUACACGUCACCAGCUUUACCCAGCACCAUAGACUCCAUCCUGUACUCUUCACUGUUGCCAGAUUCUUUCGCCCAAAGUUACACCACUCGUGCGACGAAGCCCCCCAGGGCCAGAAAGAGCCCCGCCGCCUCUCACGGCCCCGCCAAAGAGAAACCCUUCACCUGCCCGAUGGAGAGCUGCGACCGGCGCUUCUCCCGCUCCGACGAGCUCAACCGGCACAUCCGCAUCCACACGGGCCACAAACCCUUCCAGUGCCGCAUCUGUUUGCGCAGUUUCAGCCGUAGCGAUCACCUCACCACCCACACCAGGACUCACACCGGGGAGAAGCCGUUCUCCUGCGACGUGUGCGGCAAACGGUUCGCCCGCAGCGACGAGAGGAAACGGCACGGACGCGUACAUCUGAAACAGAAGGAGAAAAUGGAAAUUAAGCCACAGGUGACCACCGGCGCAUGGCCAUUCACUCUUCCCGAGGGAAUUUGAAGACAAAGCGGUGUGUCCAGACAAAUAUACAUAUAUAUAUACAUAGAUAUAUAUUAAGAUCUUUCCGUCUUGGAAGAUAUAAGCCAGCUGACUAACAAGUUGAUGUCCGAGUUGGUUUCACUGACGAGCCAAUGCAGGAGGCUUUGCGCAUAUUAGAGUUUUUUGAGGAGCAGAGAGGAAAGAGUGGGGGAAUAAAAAGGACUGCUUCGGCCUUACUGCCUGCUGCUGAUGCUGCUGACUUUAUGCAAAAAGAUGCAUAAGUUGUAAAAGUCGGUAAACAGAUCAACAGUGACUUGUUGCUGUUGCUGUGAGCGGAGCUAAACCUCUCUGCUCUGCAUUGCAUGACUGCUGUUCAGCACCUCCACACUUGGACAGCUCCACCAACCUCCACUCGCCUCUGAGCAUGGAUGGAUUGCACUUACAGAUUAUUAAUAUCUCCAUUUAAGAUUCUUAUUUUCUGCUUUAGCAUUCUUAGAGCAAUGGUUUGGACUAUGUUUCUUAAAAAUGCAUGUUUAUGUCAGUGUUUUUAUUUUUUAUUUUUUUUUAUUUUCCUUUUUCCGGAAUAUCAACCACUGUCAAAGUACUCCUUCACUUCACAGUGAGGGCUGUUGACAUGAAUGUAGGCUACAACACACAUUUAUGGCUUCGACCAUACAAGCUGUCCAUCUUUGAUCAAAUUUAGUGUUUGUUUAUCUUCUUAUCAUUUUGCUGUCAGUGUUUUUUGUCAUUGGUCUUUGUGUUGUGUUACAAUUGUUUGGAUUAUUACAGUUGUGAAAGAUAUAUCAUAAAUGGGAAAUAAAUAUAUUUGUAUUACUGUACUUCUUUGUAUUUUUAUAGCCAACUGUAUAUUUUACAAUUAUAUUUGAGCGUCCUUUCUAAGGUGAAAUGUAUUCUAAAAUCAUAAAUAAUGUCUUGGUUUUUUCGAGGGCUAUCGUUUAGUAACACAAUAUUUUAAAUGUUACAAUUUGAUAUCGGAAACAUUUUCGCACUUCAUCCCAUUGUUGGUAUGAUGAGAGUUGCUCCGUUGAAUUGUUGAUCUAGAUUUAAAAGGGAAUGUACACUAGUUGUGGUACAGCUUUUCAAACACAAAUGAUUUUACAAUAUGUACAGAAGUAUGUUCAAUCCAGCUAGAAAUCACUAGCAACUCAUAUAAACAUUGCUUUUAAGUAAUCAGGUAGCACACAUUGCUGCGAGUUUCUGUAGACUUUACCUUGGUGAUGAGAGGGUUUUGACUCCUGGUAUCUUUUUGCUGGAGAUACUGUAUGCUGAAAUGUUCACUUUAGCAAAAUAAAUAAAUAAAUAAACAAAAAUUUAAUAAAAAAAAAAUAGAAAAAAAAAUGUUUAGAGUUUGGUGAAAUUGUCACCAACAGGGUACUGCAAAAAAAGUAAUUUAACUCGCCUUAAGUUAUAUUAACUGUUCAAGUAAAGAUUUUGUACAUACACGGUUUCUACAAUACUUUAAAUUAAUAUUGAUGUUGUUAUUUUUAUGAAAAGUUUAUGAACAAAAUAAACAUUUUCUGGAACAGCAAA